GCUGUGUCAGUCGCAGUUAGUAAUUGAACGUUUUAUUACAGUAGAAUUACAAUAGAAGUGGUGGUUAUAUGUACGACUUUUUUUUUGACAAAGUAUUAAAAUUGCGUGAGAGUUAAAAUGCCUACCGAAUAUAAACGCAAAGGUAGUGUUUGUCGAGGGGAAUGGUCAGAACAAGAUUUACAACAAGCUAUAGAGGCUGUACAAGAAGGUAGAGUUGGUGUUCGAGAAGCCGUUCGUUCCUUUGGUGUGCCAUACACAACACUUCGACGACGCUUGAGAAGUGGCAAUCAUAGAAAGCUUCCGUUGGGACCAUUAUCUACUUUAGGACAAGAAAACGAAGUUAAAUUGGUCAAUCAUAUUAAAAAACUUCAAAAGUUUGGAUUUUCGCCAUCACGAACAACUGUACGCUCUAUGGCAUUUGAAUUAGCCCAGAAAUUAAAUCUCCCAUAUAAAUUCAAUAUUGAAAGACGUAUGGCAGGAUAUCCAUGGAUCGAGUCAUUUUUAAGGCGCAAUAAGGAUCUAGCAGUGAGAAAAUCCGAAGCAAGAAUCUACAAUGUAGAUGAGACAGGUCUACAAAUGAACAACAAACCAGGCUUUGUUAUUGCUCAGAGAGGUUCAAAAAACGUAUCGGCAGUGACAUCAGCAGAAAAAGGCGAAACAAUCUCCGUAAUAACAUCUUGCAAUGCGGAGGGAUCAUUUAUACCACCAACGUGCAUCUUUAAGGGUAAGAAUCAGAAACCAGAGUUUGCCGAUGGUAUUCCACCAGGCUCCUUAGUAUUCAUGUCUGAGAAAUCAGCUUAUGUCAAUAAUGUUUUAUUUUUGAGAAGAAAUCCCAAUCGACGCAUUAACAGAUUGAUUUUUGGACAAUUACUCGCUGCAGCUUGGGAGAAAUCAGCAACUGUUAAAAAUGCGGUUUCAUCUUUCCGAGCUACAGGAAUUGUGCCUUUCAAUCCGUCUGCGAUUCCAGAUUAUGCUUAUCUUACUGACAAACCUCAGGGAGCUUCACCUAAUGAACCUGAAUCUCAAGUUUUACCGAAUGUUGACAAUAGAAAUGAAUCUGCUCAGGAUUCAUCUAUUAUUGAAAUAUUGGAAUCGGUAGUGAAUGAUUCAGCUGGACCAUCUGAUACGAAGACACCUGAGAAAGAAAUAGAUACCCCUGGAAAAAUACUGGACAAAAUUAACCCGAUUCCUAUCACUGAAGCAGUCUCUUCUGCGAGGAAGAGAGGUGGACAGUUGGCUUCUGUCUUGACUAGCAGCGAUAAUAUUAGAAAUAAGAAAAAGAAACUAGAAGAAAAAUUACAAGCUGAGGCGAAGAAACGGAAAAAGAAAGAAAACAAGAAAUGCAUUAAACCAGGCCCUAGCCGCGUUCAAAGUAAGUUUAAAAAACGGAAGCAAUCUACAUCUUCUUUUUCUGAAGAAGAAAUAAUAUAUGAUGAUUCCUCGGAAUACGAAGAUGAAACAAGUAAAUGCGGUGGAUGCAGAGAUUUUUAUUCCACCACCACAAAAAUGGAUGACUGGAUUCAGUGUGUGACGUGUCCCAGAUGGGUACAUGAAGGGUGCACCAGAUUUGACAAUUUUUGUGAUGCAUGUGGAAAGUCGCUGCAAUAA